AGACAUAAGAAAGUGAAACCCUUUCUGCCUCUGCUCUUUGAGAAGUAGAAUCAUUUCCAGGAACACAAACUGAAACCAAUCUGUGUGGAAAUCGCUUCCCUUGGAGGGGGGAAGGGUGUGGCCAGGGGGAAGGACUUGUUUAUAGAAAGAGCAAAGGAAUGAGAGCUGGCUGCAGAAAGGAAAUUCAGAGGUAGCAGGCUGUCACUUUCUGGUGCUUCCUCUCUAGAUCUCUUUGCUGUUCCUAAGACAAGUCCAACCUCUACACAAGUUGCUCAUAUCCUUCUGGAAAAUCUGGAUCUGGAUUCAAGCUUUGGACAGACUCAGAGGGCGCUGCCUCUGUCUGGGAGGGCAGGGAGCCCUUCCCAGGGAGAAGGGUGAAGUCCCAGGAGUGGUCCCUGACUUCUGAUCACGGACACCCCUCUGCUUCCAGGAGCUGUUUAUCUAACAGGGUUCAGGGAAGAUUAAACAAGAAACCGCGUGCAGAACACACAAAGACAACGGCCCUGAAUAAACUGCAGUAAGAAGUCAGAGGGAGGAGGAAGAACAAGAGGAAAGCUGACCUCAGAGAUAACAGUAAUAGCAGAAGGCGUUCAUCAAGAGCUUUCUGUGUGCCCCUAAGGAGUACUCUGCAUACAUCACACCAUGCAACCCUCUCAGGAGUCCUGUGAGGUUACUCCACUGCUUAUGGACAUGGCAGGGUCCUAUCUGACCCCUCAAGCUUCAUUAUCUACAUCCUUCACUUCUGUUUUGCCAUACAAUAAGGAUUCGGGGAUUUUAUCGGAGGCAGAGGCCAUGAAAGCUCAGAAGGCCUUGGCAGAUGGGAACUUGCUGGAGGUGGCCUCUGCUGCCAUGGAGACUGUGAGGAGAGUGUCUACCACAGGAGUCAACAUUGCUGUGACAGGGGAAUCCGGCAACGGCAUGUCCACCUUCAUCAACGCACUUCGGGGCAUCGGCCAUGAGGAGGAGGCCUCAGCUCCCACUGGGGUGGUAAGAACCACCCAAACACCUGCCUCCUACUCAUGCUCCCAUUUUCCAAAUGUGGUGCUCUGGGACUUACCUGGCAUGGGUGCUACCUCCCAGAGCCUGAAGGACUAUGUAGUGGAAAUGGAGUUCAACCAAUACGACCUGUUCAUCAUCGUUGCAUCUGAACACUUCAGCAUGAAUCAUGUGACACUUGCCAAAACCAUUGAGGAGAUGGGAAAGAAGUUCUACAUUGUCUGGACAAAGCUGGACAUGGACCUCAGCACAACCAUCUUCACAGAAGAGCAGCUACUGAAGAGUAUCAGAGAACAUAUCCUGGAAAAUCUCCAGAUGAUGCUUGUGUGUAAAUCCCCCAUAUUCCUGAUCUCUAGCUUUGAACCUUUAAGGCAUGACUUCCCAAAGCUCAGAGCCACACUGCAAGUGGACAUAUCUGAUAUUAGGUGCCACGGUCCCCUACAAGACCUGUUCCAUACCUGUGAAAAGAUCAUUAAUGAUAAAGCAACCUGCCUGCAGGAGAAAAUAGCCACAGACUCUUUCCAGAACACCCCUGCCAUUCGAGAUGCAGAUGGUUUGGCGGAAUGUCUCAAAGCCUACCAGUUUUCCUUUGGUGUGAAUGAUAAAUCUCUCCAGCAGGUGGCUCAGAGAAUGGGCAAGGAAUCCUUGGAGUACACAGCCAUCACGAUGUCCCAGGAUGUACAGGCUCUCAGCAGAGUGGACUGGAAACUGAUGUGCCUGACUUGUAGAGUCAUGAAGGCAUUCCUCUUUCUUCUCAGCUACAUCCCAUCCUUCAGUUCUCCUAUUGUCCAAUGUGUCAGACGAAUGCAGCACAAACGUAUCCUUAUGAUAGUUGUUGAGGACACUAAGACUGUCCUGAGAAAAGUCCUGAAAGACUCCAGCAUCUCAGGCUAAAAACCAACCUGGGAACAGUACAACACGCCCGUUCUCGGAUGGUGCCAGGACAUCUGGGUGUCCUCUUCUCAGGAGAGUACACUUUUCUCCACCCAAGUCAGAGAAAUUUAAGAUAAUACUUUCUUCUAUUUAUUAGGGUUAUAAAUUCCUUGAAAUGGAUUAUGGAAAUUGCUUAUCUUCCUAAUACCAAUGGUAAUGAAUCGUUCAUCUGAAAAACACUUGUUUUUGUUGUUGAAAUCAUUAAAUAAAUCUUCUGGGAUAAGAAUAUAGAAAUUAGGCUUUCAGGUGCAAAGGGUCAUGUCAGUCAGGAUCAGUCUUCUUUCCCCUCUAAAUCAUUAAAAUUCGAGUUCAUCUUCACUAACCCUUUUCAUUCACCCAUCCCCAUUCUUUUUCUCCUUCAUUUCACUGUACCCAUGGAGACAAAACUAGUACAGAGGGAUAUGUCAUAAUUUUAGGGGGCACGUGGAGAUGUGGUUGAAACUAUUCUUCAAAACCUACUGGGAUUUAGGGCCAGGAUUUCCAGGCAAGCCUGUCUACUUCAAAGGUGUUUGUUCUUCACACCACUCUCCACCAGAUGCUUCAAAAUUAUCAGUAUUUUGAAAAUAGAUAUAGGUUUGUAUUAGUCAGGGUCCUGACAAGAAACUGAUGGCACCCUCAAACUGGGUCAUCUGAGGCAACUUUAAUAAGGAAAGGUAUUUUCUAAGAUGUGGACAUGGUAGAAGGAGAUCACCAAGAGGAAGUGCUGACCCUGUCUUAGGCUGGGUUCUCUAG